AUGUCCGCGCCUGCCUUCUCCACCGUCGAGCUGGCCGACUUCGCCGCCGCGUUCGGCGCCGCAACCGAGGUGUCGUCCGUCGCGCUGGGCGGCCGAGCGCUCAGCUGUUCCGACGAGUGGUUUGCGCCUGCCUCUGACCUGCUCAAAGUCCACCCCGCGCCGUCGAUGAAGGGCCAGUUCGGCCCCGCCGGCGCCCUCUUUGACGGCUGGGAGACGCGCCGCCACAACCCGGCGGCGUACGACUGGGCCAUUGUGCGCCUGGGUCCGCGCGCCGGCGCCGAGCUCAGCGGCUUCGACAUCGACACGGCCAACUUCAACGGCAACGAGGGCCCCGAGGCCGAGGUGUGGGGCCUCUGUCUCGACGCCGACGAGGAGCGCACGGGCGCGGCCAUCGCCGAGGAUGAUGAGCGUUGGUUCCCGCUGCUGCCUCGAGUUCCGCUGGGCCCCUCCUCGCGACACCUCUUUGCCCUCAAGUCCGCCUCGGCACGCACCACGCACGUCAAGCUGCACAUGGUGCCCGACGGCGGCAUUGCGCGGUUCCGCUGCUACGGGCGCAUCUCUGCGCCUUCGGCCGGCUCGGGAGAGGGGGAGCGUGUGUGUGGCGAGGCACCGCAGGAUGCGGCGCUCAACAGCCUGGAUCUGGCUCAUGUGCUCAACGGCGGUCAGGUGGUGCACACCUCGGAUCAACACUUUGGCGUAGGCUCCAACCUCAUCCUGCCCGGCCGCGGCAAGGACAUGGGCGACGGCUGGGAGACGAAGCGCAGCCGUGCGCCGGGCCACACUGACCAUGUCAUCAUCCGUCUCGGCGAGGCCGGCUACCUGAGCACCCUCGAGAUCGACACGGCCCACUUCCUCGGCAACUUCCCCGAGUCCGUCGCCGUGCACGCUACGUUCAGCGAGGAUGUCCUUCCCUCCUCGUCUGCCGAGUGGACGACGCUUCUCCCGCGUGCUCGCAUGGGCCCGGGCAAGCAGCACUUCUUCAGCGUCGCGUCCGAGGCUACGGCACAAGUGUUCAGCCACGUGCGCGUCACCAUGUUUCCCGACGGCGGCAUCAAGCGUGUGCGCGUUGUUGGUCGGCGAGCUGCGCCUCUGGCAGGCCGCGACGCGGCGUCGCUGCCGGUGGUGCCGCUGCCCAACUUCUUCGAAAAGGCCCUGCCGGCCGUGCAGCCCGCUGCCGCAGCAGCCGCCGCACAAGCCGCCGCAGCACAUGCUGCCACGCUUGGUUCGGGCCUCGUUGGCUCCGCCACUUCGGCAUUCAACUCGCUCCUCUCCUCUGUCAACGGCACAACUGCGCCCGGCGUGCCUUCAAAGGCCCAACCUCAGAAGCCCCUGGCGCCCAACGCACCCACACUGACGCUGCCGCCUAUCUCUGCCUCUGCGUUUGCGCGCUACGGCAAGCUCAUCGCCGCGCCUGCAGUGGGCGCCGAGAACUCGCGGCCGCACAAGAUUGUCAACCAAGGCUCGGCGCGCAAGUACGUCGCUCUUGCAGACGUGGCGUCCUCCUACCCCGAGGCGACGCCGGGCAAGGCCAGCAUCCACGUGUACCGCUGCGAGGCGACGGCGCUGCCGUGGCACGUCGACGUGCUGGAGCGCCACGCGCACACCAGCCAGGCGUUCCUGCCCAUGACGCCCGCGCAGGAGCAUGACGGCUACUUUGUCGUCGUGGCGCUGAAUGGCAAGGACGACAAGCCGGACCUCAGCACGCUCGCCGCCUUCCGCUGCUCGACGACUCAGGGCAUUUCCUACAACGCAGGCACCUGGCACGCGCCCAUGAAAGCCCUCGGCGGCUCUUUGCCGACCGACUUUGCAGUCGUGGUGCACGAGAGCGGCGUGCCGGAGCUGGACUGCGAGGAGGAGUACUGGGAGCAGGCCGUCGCUGUCGUUGCCUAA